AUGCCUGAUCCAGAAAUUCAGAUCGAGGAUGAGACUCAUACAUUGGGGGGUAAUGAAUUUCAUAUGCCGUUAACCCCUGAAAGGCAGGCUAGGACAGAUAUAGACCCUAUGGCAGGGUUUACAUCAGAAGAGUUGGCAACAGCUGCAAGGGUAAUGACAGCUAUGAGCAGAAAAAGAAAAGAAAUAGGGGCAACCCAAGAUGGAGGAGGGAUGCCUUUUACAGCUCAUGGCAAUCAAUUUGACCAGGCUGGAAGUUCGCAAAGACGCCGGAAUGAUGGGUCGCCGACAAGAUCCCGGCAAACCCCUAGGGAAUCAGAGGUUCGAUCCUCAGCUCAGGACGAGAGUACGGGAACUUACCAGCAAGGAGCGAAGCGAAGAGUAGUUCAGUUGAGGGCAUCACCAUUUGCACAAAGCAUCCUUGAUCAACCAAUGGAGAAAAUCAAAAUGCCGACAUGUCGGUAUGAGGGUAGGGGAGAUCCAAGAAGAUACAUAACCUCGUAUGAGGGUCACAUGAUUUUAUACACCAACUCUGAUGCCGUUUGGUGUAAGGUGUUUCCCACUACUUUGGUUGGAGCAGCAGCCGAUUGGUUUAAUAAUCUUGAAAAUGGAGCAGUUCACAGUUUUCAGCAGUUAGCCGAAAUGUUCGUAGGGCAGUAUGUCAGUAAUAGUGUUCGGCAGAGAACUUCUGGAGAGUUAAUGGCUGUUACUCAGAAAGCAGAUGAAUCUUUAAGGGAUUACAUAAGGAGGUUUAAUAAUGAAGCCAAUACAAUUCCAAGAUUGCAGCACGAGAUAGCAGUCAUGGCACUAAUGAACGGUCUGAAUGAUUCGGAAUUCAAGAGAUACCUAACUCGAAAAAAUCAGCCAACAUUAGCCGCAGCUUUUAAUAAAGCUCAUAAUUAUAUUAAGAGUGAAGAAUUAAUGAAGACAAGCAGCCGAAUAAGUUCUACUGAUAGAAUUCACCCUAUGUCGGAAGGGGGAUCUUCAGGGGUUGUAAGGUCAAGGAACCCAACGGCAGCAAGAGGAGGAAGCCGCCAAGAGGUCAGAGGAACCAAAGCACCAAUGCGAUAUAAUUCGUAUACGCCUCUAAAUGCACCAAGGGCUGCAAUAUAUUCUAUAAAUCAGAACCGAGAAGGAUGGGUGAGACCUGUGCCGAUGAAAGCAAAAGGAAGGGAUACCAAGAAGGGGCACCUUACGCAAUAUCGGUUGCAAUCUGGGGAAAGUCAGCAACAACAAUAUAGGCAACCAGAACGCCAGCAGAUAGAAUACCGGCCAGAAAGACAAGGUCAAGUGAACCAACAGGGGGAAGGCGGACAACCACCGUCAUCUACUGGAAAAAGAGUUGAUGUAAUAACUGGUGGACCAGUUCAUGGAGGAACCAUAAGUGGAGCACGGAAGCACCUGUCGGAGUAUCGGCAUAUUGUUAAUGCAUUAGAUGUUGCUGAUCGCCCACAGCCGUCUGAAAUUCCGAAUGUAACCUUCACCAAAGAAGAUGCAAAAGGAAUAGUGUUUCCUCAUGAUGAUCCCCUUGUAUUAAUAGCAAAGAUUAAUGGGGCCGAUGUGAAAAGGGUUCUAGUUGAUGGAGGAAGCUCAGCAAAUGUUCUGUUUAUGCAAGCCUUCAAUGAGUUGAUGAUAGGCCGACAAUAUUUAACGCCGGUAUCAUGUCCGGUGAUUGGGUUUAACGGUUCAACAAUGAGGCCAUAA